AGGUGUUUUGUUGUGAAACAAUUUCCCAGCAAAACGACAAUAUGCUGCGGGUUUAUUGAAAGGGUACUGUGCUAGGGUAAACGCAAACGAUUCGGAACGCUUGGUUUAAAUUCGUUUGCGACAAACGUGCCGCGUCGGUAGUGGAUUGAUGAAAUUGUUGUACGGCAAGUCCCGUCAGUUAGAGCCACCGUUCGCAUCAUGUGUGCCGCUUCCGUGCGAGUAGAUACGAUGGAGGAACUGCAGGAUUGGGAGUACGUCAAGCGGGGCAUCACCAUGUGGCUUAACAACAUGCCUAAAGCAGCCGAGGAUAGUUUUAAGGAUCGGCCGUCCAGUGUGCACAUCGUAGCAGGACACACAUUCAUCUCGUUUAUGAACGCCGUAAUAUCGUGGGAAACGGAAAAGAUGAACGACGCCCAGACACGCCUCCGAGAGCUUGAGAAACAGUGUGCUGGCGAUGUCGGUUGGUUAAAAUCGGUCCGCUCAAAGCUCUUCGGGUCUAGCGAGCCACGGAAAUCACUCACCGAAACGCUCGAGGAGCAAAUCAUACUGGCGGACAGUCAGCUCUGCUUAGCGAUACUGGUGUCGUUGGGUCAGGAUAUAGGCGGUUUCGUUAAGGGCGGAUGGUUGCUGCGGAAGGCUUGGAAGGUGUACCAGCAUACGUACCAGCAGAUCUAUCAACUGUAUUCCGACACGCAAGACAUUGAUGGAGCAAUGUCUCUGCCACAGGCUCCAUUGCGUCAUCAGCCACCAGCCACAAAGGAUAGCGGUGCGGGGAUGCGAGUAUCGCUCGAUCUGGGAACUCCCUCGUCUACGGAUUGGACGGUGCCGAACUCCACUCUUCAGUCACCAGAUGAUUGCAAGUGGUCAUCACAACUGGAAGCGUUGCGCAAAUCGAAAACGACAACCUUUGAGCUUACCGAACCUUUCAACGAAAUGACCUCGAGUGAAUCAGAUCCGAGCGGAAGUAGUGGCGGCAGUGUAAAGAAGAGCUAUACGACGGAUUUUGUGGGCAUUAUUAGUCCGUCGGGUGCAGGAUCGAGUACCGAGUCACUGGAACACAGCGUACCGUUGGGAGUGGAGCGAAGUAGUAUUGCUGCUCGGGAACGGUUAACGUUAGAUUUUAACCAGGGCAGGGAACGGCGAAUAAACGUACCGAACGGAAUGACGCCAAGGGCAACUACAAGCUGUCGAUUUUUGACGGCCCCCUGUGAGCCGGGUCCUAACGAAAGAGCUAUACACCCAGAAGACGUCCACCGGUUAAUGGGCGCCAUCAGCUUCGGGUACGGUGUGUUUCAACUGAGCAUUUCGCUGUUACCGCCGAGUUUGCUCAAGUUGAUCAGCUUUCUCGGCUUCGAAGGUGACCGGGCGAUGGGAAUUGCGUGUUUGAGCUUUUCCCGCCAAAGCAACGAUAUGCGGGCACCGUUGGCUACGCUGGCCCUGCUCUGGUACUACACCAUCGUGACGCCGUUUUUCGCCCUGGAUGGGUCGAACCUGAGCCUCGAAAUUGCUGCCGCCCAGGAGCUGAUCGAUGAAGCGAACGGUCAAUUUGCCAAAUCGUCGCUUUUCCUAUUCUUUCGAGGUCGUGUCGAGCGUUUAAAGUCCAACAUUCAGGAUGCAAUACGUGCCUACGAGUUGGCGUACCGUUCAUCGGCACAGCGGGAGAUUAAAUUGCUGUGUCUUCACGAAAUCGGAUGGUGCCGGCUGAUACAGCUAGACUUUGGUACGGCGAUGAAAAACUUCAACGAGCUAAAACUGUGCAGUCAGUUUUCCAAGAGCUUCUACUCGUAUCUGACCGCAAUAUGCGAAGGAUCGUUCGGGCAAUUUUCCAACCUCGUCAAAUGGCGAACGGAAAUAUUGGAAUUGAUUAAUAGAUCGCCACAGAAGGACUCACAAAUCGAAAGGUACAUAUUUCGACGCAGCUUGAAACUACCGCGUGCGGAAAGUGGCGAACAGCCCAAGUACAGAAGUUCCCUCUACUGGAAGUAUCUUGUGUUCGAGAUGCUGUUCCUGUGGAACACACUGAGCAGCUGCAAUGAGGAGCAGUUGGAAAGCAUGGUGGCCGACUGUUCACAGCCGACGGACGCGUUCAGCGAACCGAUGGUGGGAAUCUCUCGGUUAAUUCUAGGCGCCUGUCUGACCUGUCGGGCCCGGUACGAUGAGGCGAUUCGUGCAUUCCGCGAGUGCAUAUCCAUGCGGGAGAAGUUCGACCAUCAGGAGCAACAGGAUAUGCACAUUUCAGCCUUUGCCUAUUACGAACUGGCUGUGCUUUUGCUUCGCCAGCAGAACGAUGGUGCCGCCGAGGCACAUCGGUUGCUUCUGCAUGCGCAGCAAAACUUUAAAAAUUACGACUUUGAUAAUCGCGUCAGCGUGCGCAUUCACACCUUGCUGAAGCGGUUGAAUUAGGAGCGCUUCGGGCGGAAGGGCUUUUUUUUAAUGUUAGAGACGAUAUGUUUGCAUUGGUGCCUUAUUUAUUGAAUCCCCCCCAAAACACACACACACUUUAGGGUAUAUAGGAACAGAUAUUACAAAGAAUGGUAGCUUUUUUGGGUAGUAACACGCUUGCGUACGUACUUCUUGCUGGUCAAGGAAAUCCAUAUAGAUAGCAAUAGAUAGUCUGGCCUGUUAUUCACCAGUGCUGAAGCAAAAGUAGAAUAGCAAUUGUUGUUGAUGAUAUUUCCUACCUAAUCCCAAAGCAACACAAUAAAAGGUUCAACAAUCGCCAACGGGGAAGAAAGCGUCAACCGGAAACAAUAAAUUUUAUACAAUACCAGUUACAAAACACGAAUGUCCAACUGUUAAUGUAGAUUGUAAAAUUGUCCAAAUAAAAUUGUAUGCUAUUA